CACCAGGGAUGGCGGAGAGGGAGCAUGGAGCGUUUGUCCGAGCUGUUUUCCUGGAUGCUGAACAGAGUUCUUUGGCGCUCGGACCCCUUUGAGUGGGGAGGUGCCCGGCAGCCCCGGAACAUGGAAGAGAAAGCGCUAGAGGUUUAUGAUUUGAUUCGAACAAUCCGGGACCCAGAGAAACCCAAUACUUUAGAAGAACUGGAAGUAGUAACAGAAAGUUGUGUGGAAGUUCAAGAGAUUGGUGAAGAAGACUGCCUGGUUAUUAUCAGGUUCACGCCAACAGUACCUCAUUGCUCUUUAGCAACUCUUAUUGGGCUGUGCUUAAGAGUAAAACUUCAGCGGUGUUUACCAUUUAAACAUAAGUUGGAAAUCUACAUUUCUGAAGGAACCCACUCAACAGAAGAAGACAUUAACAAGCAGAUAAAUGACAAAGAACGAGUGGCAGCUGCAAUGGAGAACCCUAACUUACGUGAAAUUGUGGAACAGUGUGUCAUUGAACCUGAUUAGUAACUGCUUAAAGAGUCAUAGGACUGUAAUUAUUUGAUAUAUUUAAAUACUUUGUAGGAUGUACAGAACUCAUGUUUAAUAAUAUCAAGGUGAUUUGUACCCCAGAAGAUUUUUUUUAAGGAUUACUUUCAAACAAGAUUUAAUAAGGUAGUGCCUCGUCUGUUUAGUGGAUAACAUUCUCAGGAUUUAUAAUACAUCAUGAUCAGAGAGAGAUCUAUUUUUAGUUAUUAUGUGUAAGAUGAGUUGCUAUUUUUCUGAUGCCCAUUCUGAUAUACCUGUGUUUCAUGUCAAACAUCUACCAUGCCUGAAUGUAUUAAAUUUCUAAGUCAUUAUUCUGUUUAAAUAUAAAUAAACCAAGAUGAUGUCUUUUCAUG